UAACGCUCGUUUCCAAACAGCUGUGGGAAAAAUCAAUUUUGCAACUCCCACGCAUUUCUUUAAAGAAAAUCUUUCUCCGCGAGAAAACAGGAAAAAAUGAUCUCCAACGGCGACUGCUUUGUUGUUUUGCCCGAAAAUUGUGCCAAAGGAACUCUAAUCGUUGGUCGCAAUGCAGAAGACGAAAAACACGUAAAUGUUGCUUCGGAGGUUUGCUUCUAUGAUGUCAGCGAAGUGAUGGAGGGGAAGACUGACGGUGGAGCAUCAGCCGAGAACAGCGGCGAGACGGUGCGUGUCAUUUUGCAGAAACCGCAGCCGGGCCUUUGGGGCGGAGACUUUGGGGCCAACGAACGCGGCGUGGCCGUGGGCCUUACCUGGGCGGUAGGUGAAGAUGAGGCCAAGGACUUCGACACCCUUCUGGGCACGGAUAUUGUGCGUUUGACAUUGGCUCUGGCCAACGACGUGGACGAUGCUGUAGACCGUAUUGGAGCUUUGGUGGCUAACCACGGUCAUGACAACUCCAAACUAAACUUCAUCGCCUGUGAUGCCGCUGCUGCGUGGUUUGUUAGUUGCUCGGGAAAAGUCUGGGCGGCCGAGAAGUUGGAGGCCAGCUUCAUGCGCCUGCCCUCAGGCGGUUUGGCGGUGACCACCGUGGUCAACAAGUCAAGCGAGGGACUGGAUGAAGUGGCCAGUUUUGCCGCUGCCCAUGAUGCCGAGGCCCAUGCACCGGCUGAGGAUUGGUGUGGACCCAAGCCAGCUGGAGAUGGAACUUAUACCCAGCAUGAUAUGUUCGAGACGCUUCGAGCCGCCAGCAAUGCGAGCAGCUCGCGGGCGUCCUCCGUCUCGGUGUUGUCGGUCAAGGGGAUCUCGUGCCAUUGGUUCACCGGCACGCCCAAUGCCGCCGAGUCUGUGUUCAAGCCGUUCGUUUUUGCUCCCAAGCCGAGGAUCUCACCGCUGACCCAAGUACAGGCUGAUGCGGACUUGACGCUGCUACACAAGCUCCAUUCGCAGCGCAAGCCUGCGGCUUUGGAGCACUUGCGCAGCCUGGAGAGGUCCUGCGUGGACGAGCUAAACAACUACUUCUCUCUGCAGGAUCACGCCAGUGACGAGCUGGACGAACUUUUAAAGGACUGUGUCGAGGCGGAGGUCAAGUUCUAUCGCUAGACAAACAAAAAUUAUCAAUAUGGAUACUCAAAAAACUAGCUUGCAAGCUCUAUUGAGCCUCGGGAUUUGACUUGAGCAUUCUUAUGGCAUUACCAAAUAGGAUAUAGUCUGCAAACCAUUUUCUUGUGCAAUCUCAUAUUAAUUUUAUUUUGUUUAAUUUGUAUGCUUUUGCGUGAUAUUUAAAUUAUUAUAUACUCUAUUCUCUGACUUGAUUUAAAAGUAUUAUAUUGUGACAUUCCAGGCUUAGUUUAACGAUUUAUAUACUUGCAUUAAAAUAUAUAUAUAAAUACAUAAAAAAUUAUACAUUAUAUAUGGCUCUCAAAUAAACGCAAAAAACU